UAUUUUUCUCGAGCUCUCUUCUGUUCUAACUAAUUUUCGUGUCUAGAUAAAGAUGAGUUUAUGUUCAGAUAUCUCUCUACAUUCUGUUCCUCUUUGGAGCAGAGCAUGUUCUGUUUAUAAUUUACACGACCAAGACUGUGUUCUACUCUACCCUGAGCUUCUUUCCUCUCCAUUGAACAAGUCUCUUGCCAUCAAAACCUUUGAUUCGUCUGGCGUUGUCUCUGUUGGAGAAUACAAAGUCAAAGCUAGUCUUUCCUCCACUCUUCAGAGCAUUUUCGAUAAGUAUGGUGACAUCGCAUCAGAUUCCAAGCUCAAAUCUCUCUCCACAAGGACAUACCAUCUCGAGACUCUAGCCGAGGUUGUUAUUGAGCUUCAAUCAACGCCUCUGCAUCGGCUGACUGAAUCACGAGCCGGUGAGAUUCUAGCGAUCGUUAAGGACAUAGAGACGGCAAAGAUCCGAGUAAGUUGGUUCCGGUCUGUUCUUGAGGAGGUUGUUGAGGCAACCAGGUUUAUAAAAAGACGUGAUACGGUAGCUAGAGAGAAAGAGGCGUGCGAGCAAGGUUUGGUUCUUGCCAAGCAAGAAAUGGAGUUGAGGUUGAAGAAGCUUGCAGACAAGGAAAAAGAGAUGAGGGAGUUCCGGGAGAGAUUGAUGAAGACAACAGGGAAACUGGGGUCUUUGGAGAUGAAGCGGUCGUGUCUUGACAAGAGAUUCGAGUUUCUGAGAUCUAAGGUCGAGAAGUUUCAGGGUCAAUCUGUUUUUACGGACAUUUUGUGAAGCAUCUAAUGUCAAGAACUUCUAUGAUUACAUAUAGAUCACAUGAUUAGAAAUUUGAACAAAUAUUCACAAAUCAUCUAGCAAAUGCUAUAACUUAGCCGUUUUAUAUCCCACCCUUAUGUAUCACAUAUCACAGCAUAUAUUGCAUUGGAAACAAACAUGAAUGAACAAUUGAGCAUUCACAGUGAAAAAUAACAUUUUAAAAUAACGAUCGAUUCUCUACAUCAAAGCACAAAAACACACACAUUUUACACCAUGCAUUACCACAGAUUACAAAACCAAAGCAGAGCCUGAUGAAUUCCCAAGAAGGGAAAGG